UUUUGUCAUGUGAAACAGCGGAUUACAAUUGCCGAGGUUCUUGAGAAUGAUUGGUUCAAGAAAGGAUAUCAGCCACCCGUUUUUCAACAAGAGGAUGUUAGUCUUGAUGACAUUAAUGCUAUUUUUAAUGAGUCAACGGAUUCUCCUUACCUAGUUGUGGAAAGGCGGGAAGAGCGCUCCACCACACCAGUGACAAUGAAUGCCUUUGAGCUUAUCUCCAAAUCUCAGGGUCUUGACCUCGGUUCUCUCUUUGAAAAGCAAAUGGGGCUUGUUAAAAGAGAAACGAGAUUCACAUCCAAAUUACCUGCAAAUGAGAUAAUCUCAAAAAUUGAGCAAGCUGCGUUGCCUCUGGGGUUUGAUGUGAAGAAAAACAACUAUAAGUUGAAACUUCAUGGGGAGAAGACUGGGCGCAAGGGUCAUCUAUCAAUUGCAACAGAGAUUUUUGAGGUGGCUCCUUCACUUCAUAUGGUCGAGCUUCGCAAGGCUGGAGGAGAUACCUUAGAAUUUCACAUGGUAAUGAAGUUAAGAUUUAUGCCGAUAGAAAUAGCUCGCUAUCCAAAAUGCGCCGUUGUGGAAAAACAAGACCUAUAGAUAGACAUUAUGCUAUGGAAGUUAACCAUUUGCUUGGAAAAGCUCCAGAGUGCC